AUGUACGAGGUAUUUAGGAAGACAAUCGAAUAUAUCAAGGCUCUGCCAAGAAGGACAUCACAGUCAAGACGGGCACUGAAGCUCCGAAGUCGAACCAUCCUAAUAGAGGCCGGAAAUCAAAUCGGAAUGAGAGAAACCAGAAGCAACACCCUGAAAGAAGCCCCAAAAGAGACAAAGUAUGCUUGCCCUGCUUGCCAAGAAGAAAUGCCCGCUUCCAAGUCUUUGCUCAAGAGGCCGUGUGGCCAUCGCUGGUGCAAAGACUGCCUACAGCGAUUAGUUGAACACUCUACUACGAAUGAAUCGUACUUCCCACCUCGUUGCUGUGGCCGUCGGAUCCCACUUGGGUUCUUGAGUGGAAUAAUAAGCCCCGACUUGGUUCAGCGUUACAGGGAAAGAAAUCUGGAACGCGACGCGUCGCGAACGUACUGUUCCUCUCCAUUGUGCUCUAUCUAUAUUCCAGUCGAGAACAUUCGGAGCCACAUUGGCACAUGCAAAGCUUGCGGUAAAAAAACAUGCACUCGCUGCAAGCGCAAGGGCCACAAACUGGAAUGCAAUAGGGAUAAUGUUUGGAGAUUGAUCAGAAAAAAGGGAUGGCGGCAAUGCGGGGGUUGCCGUAAUGUAGUAGAGCGAGUAGGAGGGUGCAGUGCCGAUGUGGGUAUACAUUUUGCUAUGAGUGUGGUCAGAAGAAAUGCGGAUGUCGUUAAAGGGGAGGAGAGACAGCUACCUCGGAUCCCUUUCGAGUCGGGGGUAAACAAAGAACGAUGGAUGGAUGGAUCAAAGUACAGAAAUGGGUACGGACCAGUGGAGUCCUGA